UUUUUGGGGGAACCUUUUGGUUUCUGACUGUAACUUAAAAAAACUUGCAAAAGGGUAUUCUGCGAGACGCUGACUUGCUACAGGGUUGACAUGUCUACAGUUGUGCACCACUUAAGUCGACGUGUUUUAAGUUUAAACCUCAUCGCCGUAAUCAGCGUCGUCAGGCUUGGGUUUGGCUUAGAGUUGUUGGACUUAGCUGUUAGUCUCGUGUAGCGGCGGUGGCUUUAGCUAGUUAGCUGACUGGCUGUACUCUUACCAGAGGACAGACAAAGUGAGUUUCAGACAAGAUGCCGUUAGUUAGCUAAGUUUCUAACGGGUUACCCAUUAGCACAUGUAUGUAUAUGGAUUUAAUAAUAACGUUAGAUGAGUCCUGGUGACCGUUGAGCUUACGUUUCCAUGACAACGAGGCUAAUUUAGCCCACCGGCUAGCUGUAUUUCUGCAUUUUAAUGGAAUUGAAGUUUGCUCUCAUGACUUGUAAACGUCUUAUUGUCGGUGAAGACAGACAGCUGACCGUGAAAGUCUGGUUGGGGACAGGAUUCGAGUGUUUAAUUGAAAAUAGAGCAUCACUUGGUUUGGAUAGUACUCCAGAGUAACCUCCUGAAUCCCCUAGACCACGUCCAGCAGCAUUACGUUGUUUUCACUUCAUUAGUACAAUUUCUGAAAUAAUAUACCUCAAAGCAUUUAAUUAAAACGUCUUUUCCAGUUUUUGCCGGUCCUUUUAAACAUUUUUGGAAGCAGAUUCCUCCUGCAGAGAGAGUAUUCAUGGUUUGGUGUAUUGUUCUGAAACCUUUUCCCUGGUUUCCUGCUGGUUUGACUAGCAGGCAUCACCAAAUGUCUCUGGAGCCUCAUUCUGCUGGAAAUGCUGCUCCCUUUAUUUUGAUGGCCUUAUUUUUUUUGGCCUUGGCACAGACGUCUCAGAAAACAAGGUGUUGGCUCAGGGCUGAAGAGAAACGUGUCCAGACUCUUUAAAUUCCUCACCGAAUUUCCACCUAUGGCAUGCUGCUGGAGAUCAUGUAAUAUCUCUGGGUGUAGGUGGCUUCAGGCCUGUCUCAGCCUUUUCCAGGUUUUUACUUGCAGCUCGCCGGUUGUUGUCACGGCCACCAAAACACAAGAGGAGUCGGUGAUGAUUAAACAUGAUGAAACAUUCAUAGUCGAGUGCAGAAGCUGUCUCUUGUGUGUCACAUGACCAGUUCACAGCUAUACCAGGACUGGCGUUGUCAGCAGGCUAAACUGUCAGACAGUCGUGCUGGAUUCCCUGAAAUGGAGUGGCAGACUCCGGCCGUGUCAGACAAGGUCCACAGCCGGUUUGGCCGGCAGCCCAGCGCUGCUGACAGUGGAGAUACUGGGCUGGGUACCACUCCAUCUGACAGCAUGGAAGAUUUCUGCAGCUCCAGUGGCAGCCCCUCCUUCCAGCCCAUCCGCAGUCAGGUUCCCAUUCCCACGGCCCAUGUCAUGCCGUCUACGGCCAGCGGGGGGGCUCCCAAGCCCCAGCCAGGCUCAGCCACUGCAUCCUCCACAUCUCGGGAGUCCAGCUCCUCCAGCACCAAGUCCUCACCCCUCCCAAAGUCAGUGUCCUCUCCCAAUCUGGAAGAGCAGGUGCGGGCUGCCAUGGCGACAGACUGCCUGAGCCGGUACCGGAGCCUGGUGAACGGCCUGGACCACUCGCUGCUGCCCCCUGCUGUUGAGCGCUCGUGCCUGGAUGACGGCCAGGGCUUUGCAGCGCCCACUGUGGAGCCCACGCUAAACCAGUCAGCGCUGCUGGGCAGCUUCUGCCCUGACCCACGUUACCGGUUGCAAAUGACCGGCCUGAGUGGAAGUCCCGAUGCGGGGUCAGGUGCUGGGUCGGCGUACAGGCUGUUACCAGAGGCCAGACCUGUACUACAUGGCGCCCCCCAGAGACUCCCAGAGACAGUAGCCCAGGACUAUGAGGCUUCACGUGAGCGACCCUGCAGUGGAAGCGGUUGGCAGCAGCUGGAGAGCCUGCGCUUGGAGGUGGAGCAGAUGAAGCUGCUGGCUGCCGGCUCGGGGCAGCUCCCCCCUCUGUACCCGUCCAGCUUGCACACAUGGGACGCUGUCGCCAAAGUUAACGAGGGCCUGCUGAGGGAGAAGGAACUGAUCAUUGAGAGGCAGAAGCAGCAGAUGGUGCAGCUGGAGCAGCGACUGCGUGAGAGUGAGCUGCAGGUUCACGGGGCCGUGCUGGGACGCGGUGCCCCGUAUACCGACGUCUGUCUGCUGAGGCUGCAGGAAGCCCAGCGGGAGAAUGCCUUUUUGCGGGCUCAGUUUGCUGAGCGCAGCGAUGCCCAAACCAAGGAGGUUGCCGCAAGUGAGAGGCGUUUGGCGGCGGCUGAGGCGGAGGCCCGCAAGCUGGGGGACACGCUGCGUGACACCACCCAUAAGCAUGCAGAGGAGAAGAAGAAACAGGAAGAGAGGAUCCGCAGUCGUGACAAACACAUCAACAGCCUGAAGAAGAAAUGUCAAAAGGAAUGCGAAGUGAGCAGGGAGAGGCAGCAGCGCGUGGAGACACUGGAGCGCUACCUGGCCGACCUGCCCACCCUGGAGGACUACAAGGCCCAGAGCAAGCAGCUUGAGGAUGCGCAGGAAAAGGCUAAGCAGCUGCAAGAGGCGGUGGCUCAGCUGCAGGCGGCUCUGGAGGAGGCGCAGGGGGCUGUACGGGACAAGGGGAGGCAGCUGGAGGAGCAGAGACAGCGGGAGAAGGAGCUGCUCACCACCGUCACCAGCCUGCAGGAGCGAGUCCGUGAAGGCCUGGAGGAUGGAGUCCGGCUGCCCACUCUGGACGUGGCGAAGCUGCGGGAUGAGAAUGAGGCCUUGAGGGAAGAGGUCCAGAGGCUCCAGAAGGUUGUCGACAAGGAGAGGCGGGUGAUUGAGCAACUGGGAUCACAGAUACAGACGCUGGAGAAACAGCUGCUUCAGGAGGAAGGCGCCAGCCAGGCGCUGAGGGAGGAGCUCUGUGUCAAGGAGAGGAGCUUGCUUCAGCAACGCAGUGCCAUGAAGGAGUUGUCAGGACAGAACCAGGAGCUUGUGGAGCAGACCCUGACCCUGCAGGAGCGCCUCUGCAAAGCGGAGACAGACGGCGGGGCGCUGGGGGCAGGGGUAGGGGCAGAGCAGGCACGGCAUCUCCACGCAGAGAUGAAGGCGUGUCUGGGGGACCUGCGCUCGCUCUGCAGCGUGCUAACGCAUCGCGCUCAGGGCCGAGACCCCAACCUUUCCCUGCUGCUCGGAGUCACCCCCACUCAGCCUGGAGCUGAGGACGCAGAGGAGUGGGGCACACCAGAGGCCUUGGGCAGGAAGCUGGCGGAGGUGCAGCUGCUGCGACAUGACGUGGAGGAGCUGCGCACGGCCAUCUCUGACCGCUACGCCCAAGACAUGGGCGACAACUGCAUCACACAGUAGCGCAGGCGCGUCUGCUGGUCGGGCGGGGGCCGGGCUACCGGGAUGAGGCUUGGUGGAGGGACUUUGGACUCAUGGCUCUGUCACCCUGCUGAAGACCAGCACCAGCCCUACCAGCCCCACCUUGCAGAGUUUGUCUUCCUAAAGAAGCAGCCUUUGGAACUUUCAGGCACCAGCUUUCAUUCUGGUGUUAAGUGCCCCCUGGGAAAACAUGGAUUCCCACCUUUGGAAGUGCCAGCGUACAACAGCAAGUGCCUACUGUCCUGAAGGUGCGGGGGAGAGGUCAGCAUCUGGAAUGAUCCACCUGUUCUCGUGGGGGAGUCAUUUGUUGUGGUUGACAAUCAACUGAAUAUAUAUAUAUUAUCCGUGUGCCCUACGGUGUAGAUGGUAUUGCCUUUUAUCACUGGGCUGUAAUGGUGGGACGGCUUUUUGAGCUCUGAUACAGGCUUGUUCUACACUACGCUCACUAUUAUUUCCGCUGCCUGUUAUAAAGUUAAACUACCACAGCAGUACAGUGUUUCAUUACGCAGGUCCUCUGCAGUUUUUCCAGCUUGUCUUUAGAGUUUGAGCCAUUGUGACCUUGAGUCCUUCUGCGGUCCCCAUUUGCCGGUGUCACGUUGCUGAAACACGCGCUCCGUACCCGCAUCAGUAACAAUGCUGCAUGGUCAGAGCGGUUCUCUUCUGCUGCAGUCUGCACCAGCUUCCGUUCCUUUUAAUUUCUCCGCAUUUCAUUGCUCUCUGAUGCCGUGAUAUACCCCGGUCAGCAUUACUAAAGGUCUGCUUGCUCUACCUCAUUAACUCUGUUUGCAUGUGUUUACAGUUUACAGACUGGAAGCGGACUGUUGAACGUUUGGAUGCUUGGAUGUCAUUACCAUUCUAUCUGGGUUCAUUAUUCAAUAUUCAUUAUUAAUGUGACGUUACGCUGGCAUGGACAGGGAAUUUGGCGAGUCAGCGGACGCCUUCUCCGUUUGCUUCCAUGGCUAAAUGUGUGCUCAAGUUGGGUUUGAAGCCUAUGACAUAUUUACAGUAAAUAGCACAUUAUACUCUUCUCCACUGUGAAUCACGGACAUUUACUGUAGGAGGUGUUCACUUCCAGUAUCAGGGCAUAUAUCAUGGGGGGGAGGUUUGCGGAAAGACGAGCCGAACCCCCAGCGGGUGACGCGAACUGUCCGUAGCGUCCUGUGAAUUGGCAGCUCGGCUCUAUGAAGCUGUCUGGGGGUGUGGAAGGGUGACCGUCAGGACUGCGGCUGAGGAUAGACCACCUGCCCCUUUUUUUUACCAGGCUGUUUGUUUGGGUGGGGGGGAAAUGCGUGCUAAUGUGUUAGCAUGUUGAGAAUGUCCACCCCCUUGUUUCUCAAGCAGAUUUCAAAGGCUGACAUUCGCGUUUGCGAUUCUGAGGUUAUCGGGGGCCUGAAUGGGCGCAGUUCUCACUUUCAUUUCCUGUUGUGGGAGUGGCUCGCUGCCUGUGGCUGGCCGCCGCGCUUCAGGCUGCUUGCACCACGUUGCCUGGAUGCUCCCAUUUCUCUGGCUGUGCUUCCUGCUUGCCUCAGCCUGUCUGGGAAGCAUUCUCGCUCUGCUGGAGCCUCCGCCUUUGUUUGGCCUAACAGAGAAUUCCCUCCGCUGUAAUACGGUCAGCACAGGGUUUCACCUGAAGUCUCAGAUGCCGUUUUCUGUCCGUUGAGUCAUAACUGCAGGAAUAACUUGUUUCAUCUUCAGUGUUUCUUCCAGCCAGGAAAGAUGGGAAUAUUUCUUACCUGCUUUUGAAAACUUUAUUUUUUUCAUUGUCUACUGAAACUAAAAUAGUUUUUGUGUGUGAGAGAGGUUUAACCUGCAAUAUAUAAAAUCAUUUUAACGCCCGAGGUCUUUACACCGUAUUGUAUCAGCAUCUCUACUAUGAGUAAUUAGAAAUCGGCCAAACCAGCCUUUCUUACAUUUUUGCACAAUUAAGAAAUGUACAGGAAAAUGUACCUUUUUAGUCAUCAGUUGUAUUUGCACUUUAAAAAUAAAGGUUGUUUUUCAAAUGA